AUGGAGCUCACAGGGAAAAGUGUUCUGCACCUGGUGGUCCUGGCACAUGUCGCUCAGAUAGGUUUCUCCCAGCACUGGUCGUACGGCUGGCUGCCUGGCGGGAAGAGAAGUGCUGGUGAUACGGAAGCAAAGGUUAAGAUGAUGGACAGUGGAGACUUAGUGACCUUCUUUGAUGAACCCAGCCCCUUUGUGUUGGAGAGUUUGGGUACAAAUCAGUUCGGAAGAGAAGAUGGUGGAGAAUUUACCAGAAAACGAAAAUGGAUGCACCAGAAAAGAAUAAUUUGA